CAACGAAUCACCAAGAUUGCAAUGUAACGACCCCCUUCCUAUUCACUGAACCCUGUGACUGACUGGUGAAAGAUUUCUUGGACAGAAAUAUUCAUUCACACGUCAUGAACACAAUAUUAGCGCCAGUCGGGUUACCUGACCUCCCUCCUCAAAUUACAUCUCGGUACAUCACUUUGAGCGACCGCGAUAAUCUGAAUGUCCAUAUCCUGGAAGCGUUUCCAGAUACAAGCAAUCAUUCGAGCACACCCAACCAGUUGAUCCUUCUUCUUCACGGCUUUCCGGAACUUGCUUACUCGUGGCGCAAAGUCUUGGUACCUAUCGCCAAGGCUCACCAAGGUUAUCAUGUUGUUGCCCCUGACUUGCGUGGUUUCGGGCGAACAACGCUGUCAGGAUCCGGAGGCGCCAGUCAAGUGCAAUACGAGGAUACGCUUUCCCCGUAUCAUAUACUCAACAUCGCAGAUGAUGUAUGUUCCCUUGUGCGAGCGCUCGGAUAUUCAUCUGUUGCAAUGCUCGUGGGGCAUGACUUUGGGUCUGUUCUUGCGGGACACUGCAUUGUGGCGCAUCCGGAGCUAUUUGCAUCGGUCGUGUUCAUGAGCGUACCCUUUGGGGGUGCCAGUGGCCAACUUUGGUCUCAAACGAGUAACGAGGGUGGAGAUGACAAAGCGAAGGGACACUCCGUCGUUUCUGACAUUGCCACUGCGCUUGCUGCACUCCAACCUCCGCGCAAGCACUAUACGGCAUACUUUUCUACUCCUUCCGCCAAUGCGGACAUGCUUGGUAAAGGAGGAAAGGAUCUGUACGAUUUUCUCGGCAGCUAUGUCUACAUGAAGAGCGGCAAUUGGGAUGGAAAUGAUGCACACCCCCUACCUUCUGCAUCUUCACCUUCGCCCAGCGUUAGUGAGCUGACAAGGGAUCUUGCUACUCUGCCAGAGUACUAUGUCAUGCCACUGCACGAAAGCAUGCCAGACGUCAUCGCUCGUCAUGGACGCAUGGACGCCCGAAUCACAUGGCCCAGGGGUGAUGAAGUCGCCGAGGGAGUAUACGCUGCUGAAUUCGGCCGCACUGGUUUUCAGGGCGGGCUUAACUAUUAUCGGAGCGCACUCUCACCUCCACCCCCUGAGCGUAUAGCCCAACUACGUGCUCUAGCUGGGCGACAAGUGGAGGUGCCUGCGGCGUUUAUAUCAGGGGCUAGGGAUUGGGGAGUGUAUCAAAUUCCAGGUGCUGUGAGGAAGAUGCGAGAGGUGGUGUGUAGCAGCGCGGGAGGCAUGCAAGACGAGGAUUUCGUUUUGAUCGAGGGCGCAGGCCAUUGGGUGCAACAAGAAGCGCCAGAGAUUCUGGUACGGGAGCUUGUGAGGUUUUUAGGAAAGGUGAAGGCUUUGUAGGUGUUGCCGGGGCAAGUUGGGGCAACGAAUGGGUGAUGAUCGCGAUCAUUCUCUCCUUUCGUUAAAAGACUUGUCGGCGGGGGUAGACUCGGCUGUCGAUGGAUGUACUACGAGGAAUGUAAGUUCAAGCUUUUGUUCAAGUCUGGGAUGGCGUUCUGGAUGUCACGGCCGUAGCCACGGCCGCAGCGGCCCGCAUGUUCCCCGAGCCCGUAGAAGAUCGAAAAAAACACCCAUCCGGGCCAUAGCAACUUGUUCACCGCUGUCCCAAGCGGACAUCCUCGGUCAGGAUCAUCUCCCAGAUGUGACUAGACCCUUUGCGUGCUUCACG